AUGGACAGGCCUAUUUAUCCCCAGGCGCUGUCGACGUCGCUGGUUGCGCGGCUGAAAAACUCGCCGAACCCGCUCUUUAUUGCGUCGCUGCCCGCCAGAGGCUCCAAGAGAGCCGCCUCGACCCGUGUUAACUACGCCGAAGACUUCGACAUGGAGCUCGAGGACGACCAGGACCAGGACUACGACGAGGACGGGGCUCUGGUUUCCCGGUCGAACACGAAUGGUCCAGGCAUGAGCAUGGCGUUUUUACAGGGCAAAGACGCUCCUAGAGAAAAGUACAAGACGGUGUUCAGCGAAGCUGAGAACCUGGCCAACUGCUCCGUCCCUGAGCAAUUGGUGCCCAUUAAAUUGAACAUCGAGACGAGCGGGACGCGCGUGAACGACAUGUUUAUGUGGAACUUGAACGAGUCGCUAAUUACUCCCGAGUUGUUUGCGACUAUUAUGUGUCAGGAGCUGGAUCUGCCGAAAUACAGCGAGGCCACCAUCGCAGGCCAGAUUCGUGACCAGCUGGAGUCGUAUCGCGCGGUCGCGACCGUGCCGAUGCCGCAGCUGUCGCAGGAAAAGGAGCUGCAUGCGAUUCUGGACAUUUCGAUCAGCCUCGACAACACGCUCUACGAAGACAAGAUCGAGUGGGAUAUCUUGAACAGCGCCAUCACGCCGGAGGAGUUUGCGCGCACCGUGGUGGCGGAUAUGGGUCUUCGCCGGGAGUUCCAGAAUGCCAUCGCGAUCUCGCUACACGACGCCAUUUUCAAGCUUAAGAAGGAGUUCUUGGAGAAUCCGCAGCAGAUCCUGUUCAACAACGAGAGUUUGCCGCUGCUCAACAAGGUAUACCAGCCGCCUGCGCCGGACACGGGCAACGGCUCGCCCGGCGUGGUCUCGCUCGAGCUGCAGGGCAUGCGGUUCGACAGCAAGAAGUACGGAGCAGACUUCAGUCCUCGCGUGGAAACCCUUACACCGUGGGAGAUCGAGAAGCGGGAGAUCGAGAGAGAGCGGAAUAUCCGGCGUCUCAAGAGAGAAACAAUGCGUGUGAGCGGGAUAGGAAGUUCUAUGAUGGCUCCUGCGCCAGCAAACGAUAGAAACGCCAACUCGAAGCGCAAGUACGACGAAUUGGAAGGAACGUGGAAAUUCGAUAAAUAA